AUGCCCAGUGUGGUCCUGCAGAGCAAACUGAUGGAAGUGCAGUUGGAAAGGGAUGCCCUUCUGGAUACCAGACCAAAGGAAUUGCAGAGCCAAGAGAAUGAAAAAUUACAGCUGAAAAAUGCUAUUUGAGAGCUGGAAGCUGCCAACCAGCUGCAGGAGGAGAUGCUGAGGGAGGCUGAGAGCCAAACUGAGCAUCUGAAAAAGAUGGUCCACGGCCACAAGGAAGUACUUCUGGAAUUACAGGGCAUCCUAAUGGACUACAAAGGCAGCAGAGGCAGGAAACUCUGUGAGCACAAGAAUAUUACCAGCCUGCUCCUCCACAGCCUGAGCACAGCAACUGUCCAUGUCCUGAGAGAUUUAGACUCAGAGGUGUCAUACCUCAAACAAAAGGUUGUCCUGGUGGAAGAACUUCAGUCACUGAAAAAAGGUUCACAGACCCAAAAAGAACUUCUGCUUCAGCAGCAUCAAAUUAGGGCUUAUGGUGUCAGAGACCUUGAGAAGCAGUUGUACCUUGCUCGUUCUGAGCCAGCAGAAGCUCACACAGAACAGGAUCAAUGUGGCCAAGUAUCUGGAAAUCUGAGGGACCAGAUUCAUCAAUUGUUGAUUAAGUUUCAUAAAAAAGAGAUAGAACUAAGCCUGGGAAAAGAACAGAACAAGCAAUUUUGGGAUCAGAACACAGACAACAGCAUCACUGUGGAUCAGCUCAGGAGACAGCUGGACAACAAAAACCAGCAGCUGCAGAGCAUGGAGGAGGCAGUGAAGGAAAUGAGGAUGGAGUGUCACAGACAAAUGGAGUGCCAGAUGGCUGCAAUUAAGGAAAAAAAUGAAAGCGUUGGAAGAAUCUCCUCUUUGAGUGUCCAGCUGGAGGCAACCAAGGAAACACUCCAUAAAGUUGGAGAUGAUCUUGCAGCCAAACAGAUGGAUUUGGAGGCUGCUGGGAAAACAGUGACUGAUCUGAAAAUUGAGAACAUGACCCAGAUCAUGGGCCAGCACGGUCGGGCUGCUGGAGCAAUGGAAGUUGAGAAAUCCCACCUUAGACAAGAAAUAAAUGACUGGAAACUCAAAGUAGUAGAGCUCAAGGUUGCAAAGGAUGAGAAAGAAGCCAGAAUACGUGAGGUGGAGGCCAGACUGAGCGAGCUGGAGCUGGAAAAGGUUCAGCUGGUUAACACAUGCACAGAGAGGCUCCAGGCACUUCAAGAUGUGAAACAGGAAAAAGAUCAGCUCAUGGAUGAACUCCAGGCUGGUAGGAGCAACCUAGCUGGCCUUGCAGAGGCAUUUGAAGAUUUGGAGAGGGAUUACCAGGAUAAAAUUGAGGAGAUGCAAGGUACUGCAAACAGACUGAAAAUGCAGCUGAAAUCUGCCCAAGCUGAACUGAAAGAGGCCAGGACUGCUCUAAAUACUAUGGAGGGAUCUGCUGGCAAUGCUCUGGAAGCUGCAGUGAGAAUGCAGAAGCAGAUCACAGCCAAGAGAGGGCAGAUGGAUGCAUUGCAGAGCAAGAUUAGAUUCCUGGAAGAGGCAAUGGCUAACGCAGCUGAGGAGAAGCAUUACCUCAGAGAAGAAAACUGUAAACUAAGUGAAAAAUUGAGCUGUAUUAGAGCAGAAAAUAUCAGGAUUGCUGGAGAACUGGACAUCCUGAGAGCACAAGACAAACAGCUGAAAGAGACUAAGAUGGAGACAGCCCUUGAUAAGGCAUCCAUGCCAUUUUCAGAGUGUCAGGGCAUAAUCCAGUGUCAGGAGCAGGAGCUGCAGCACACUCUGGAUGUCAAAGGGAGUGUGUUCCUGAGAAACAUGGUCCUAAUAGGAAGAAUGACCAAGGUGGGGAACCUCUGCUGUUUUUCCACAGGAGCUGCAGGGCCCAGGCUACUCAUCAGCCUCUGCCUCAGGAAAGCUUCAGCAUGUUGUGCCUCUGUCCCACCUGCACCCUGCUGUCCUGCCACCCUCCCUGGCCAGCCCUGUCCCUCAGAAAACAUCAUCUUAUGCAAAAAAAAAAAUCUUUUGGAGUUUUUGUAUAUAGAUUUUUGUAAAAAUCUCCAGAAGGGACCUGAUGUGUCUUCAGCAGGUGUUUUCUUUAAUUUUUACCUCAGAAUCUGCAGGAGGCUACAAGUGCCUUCCAAGCUGGACAUUUUGAAGGAAGAACCACUGCAGGAUCUAAAGAGGAUUGUUCAAGAAUUAACAGGCUCAGACAGUGACAUUCCCUCUGUGGAUCUCAGUGGCAAUGGUGGGAGAAAACCACCUUUAGCAACCAAGAGCAAUGCAGUGUACUGCUUUUGUAAGGGCUUGAUAAGUACAGCAGAAUGUGUGGGAGGAUAUUUGGAAGCUUCAGGUGCCUGCACCUCAGGCCUCCAUCUUUUGAACAUCAGGUGGUGUUCAGCUAAUCUGUUCUUGCUGCUAUUUUCAGCCAUGUCACCAGUGAUCAGAACUCAGGAGGUGAAGACAAAGAAAUCCAAGGAAAAGGAGAAAAAGCUCUCAAAGUGAAGAUGCCGUAUAUGUUAGUGAUUCCUUUCAUGUGGAUGGCAUAGGAGGACACCCCAGAUGACAGACAGACAGCCCCUAAGAGAGAGAACCUAGUACCAGGCUAAUCUGUGGAGAGACUCCAAACAGUCACAGCUCCUAAAGGAAGCAGUGCAAGACCUGGAUCCAGUUGGACGUGGUGUGAACAGGUCUGGCAGCAGGGGCAGAUGAUUGUAGCACCAAAUGCUGAAGUAAGGGAAGGCACGGUUCCUGUCUGGGGUGUCGAAGAGCAGAGAUCCAUGAAGUGACAUGGAUGCACACAGAGACAAGGAAAAACACCCCACCCCUCCUGUGUGCUGUUCCAACCCUUUAUUGUGGCCAGCAUAAGACAUCCACUGGAGAAAUGUCUGAUAGUUACUAAACCCCAGAAGUAGGAUUAAGGAUUUCUGGGGUCUGUUCUGAUUUGUCUGAUACUGUGCUCUGUGAUUUCCUAACUCCUUCCCUGAGAAGCUUUUCCCCUCCCUACACAGACACGAAGGAGCUGAGUAACUGGUGUUGCACAAACUGAAGAAGCCACUUGACAAGCUCAGUAAGUUUGGCUUUUUAUGUCUCUUCAAGGUAUUCCCAGUGCAUGGGACAGGACUGUUUCAUCAUAUACACGCUUUCCAGAAUGUGGGCCUUGUCUGCCUCUCUUCCUGGCAGUAUCAUGAUGAUUUUGGAAAGGGAAGAUGUGCCUCUGCUUGUCUCAGGGAUCUGCAGUUGUGAGACAGGACUGUGCCUUGAGCCAGCAGUGCACCCACUGCAUUCCCGUGCUGCACUUCAGAGGUGGAGUCGCUCCUCACGGGAAUGUUUUCAAUGUAUCAUGGCCAGUGAGCACUUCCUUGGCUUCCAAAGGGUUUUGGUGCUCAGAUAAACCAGCAUGUUCUUUAACAUCAUGAAUAAAGAAAUGCCUGAUGGCUGUGGAAAGUAGUUGUGAUAAAAAUGGCUCUGCAUAACUAGAGAAUGGCUGCAUAUUCCUGAUCUUGUAUAUUCCUGUAGUCCUGUAUUUAUCUCCAAUUUGGGGACAACAGCCCUGGCGUUUGAGCGUGUGCAUCAGGAGAUCCUCACUGGAAAACAGAAGUCAUGGAGCAGUUAAACUACCUGAGGUGAGACAAGAAAAAUUUCUCCACUGCACUGUUUCAGCAGCCGUGGAAAAUGUGUUUCAUGUGCUGCAGGAGGAGUGAGCUGCUUGUAAACAUUGUCACUGCAGCUGGUCCCCACCAAAGGCCAAUAUUUUGUGGUGGAAGGCAAGGUUUAUGGUUUCAGAGAGAGAAUUCCCAUGGAAGACUCCUUCUAAGGGGAGAAUUCUAUUGCUGUAGUUAAAUUAGUCUUUAAAACCA